AUGAAAUACGCUCUCAUUCCGUUACUUUUUAUCAGCAGAAGCCAGCAGAAAUCAUGUGAGAGUGUCACUAGAAUUAAGAAGUAUUAUGAGGAUCCACUGGUACCCAAGGAUAAAGAGCCAAGCAAAUUCGUGAAAUGCGAAUUUUGCUGCUGCGAUGGCCAGUCCGGCCAAAAAGAAUGCUCAAAUCGAGACGAAGAUUGGGAAAGAAUUCUUCCUGAAAGCGAUCUGCGAAGUUUCCACCAUCUUUAUAUGGAUCGCAGUGGACUGGAGUCCGUGCCAGCUUUUCCUAAUGAUAACCGACUGGUGGAAUUGUGGGCUCGGUUUAAUAAAAUAUCAGUACUCGACGUGUCCAAGCUCAAACCGUUGACAAUGCUGCGGCUUAUUAAUCUUCAAGGAAACUCGAUCAACUCGACCGCGGGUCUUGGCACGAUGGAAUCAGUAGAAGUACUCGAGCUGCCAGUAAAUGCUUUCGCAAGCAUCUCAAAGGAAACAUUUGCGAGCUUUCCGGAAUUGCGGAAUCUAUCUUUGUCAACUAACCAACUGAUGGAAAUUUCAAUAGACGCGUUUGAUCGCACUCCGAAAAUCCAGCAGCUGAUUUUAAGAAGGAACAACCUCAGAGCUCAAGAACUUUCUGGAGUUUUGAAACUUCCAGAACUUGUCAAACUCGAUCUUUCUGAUAAUUUAAUCUCUUUUAUUGACAGACCUCUUUUUGGCGCUUUGGUGAAGCUUCAAUACCUGGAUCUUAGUGGAAAUCACAUGAAUUUCAUUUCAAUAGAUAGCUUUUUUGGACUCAAAAAUCUCAUUCACUUGGACAUUUCCGACAACUGGUUUGUCCACGUGACCCCAGACAGCUUUGAUGAACUUGCUUUUAAUACCACCAUCGAUAUUUCCGUAAACCCGCUUAUUUGUGACUGUGCCCAGCAAUCGUUCGUCAGCUGGCUCAGGCUUCAAAGUUCAAGAGUUUCAAAUGUGGAGCAAUUACAGUGUAUGGCAGGUGGCGACGAAAAGUCAAGAGAAAGAGCUUAUUCUCGCCUCAUUUCUUUGGAGGGACCUUUAUGUGAUGCUAUGGAGAAGAUAAAGGUGGCUAUAAUUGCUCCCGCUGCGGUUCUCGGACUGAUCAUCUUCAUCGCGUUGAUUGCAUGCAUCAAGCGCAAGAUCUUCUCGGAAACAAAAGAGAUUGAGGAAUUCGAGCAAAACCAACGCAAUCGUGAAAUGGCCGAAGAUCUAGGCUCCUUGGCGGAUGAGGCGGCGAUGCCAGCAUCUGUCAUGCCGCAGCUCAAUCCAGAUCUGAUGGCAAAUAGGCCUGAAGUGAUGGGCGCCGUAAGAGAAAACCAAUUACUUGCAAUGGGCAUGGAUCCUCUUCACGCAAGAAUUCAAGCCACAAGAGGCACUAGAGACAUGUCAAAUGCAGCUGGCUAUUCCAGCUCCGCUUAUGGAUCAGAAGACGAAAAACCUAGACGAAUUCAGCGUCCUGAUCUCAAUGCAAGAAGGAGGCAAUCAGAUGAUUCCGACGAUGAAGACCCUCGUGAGCGGAGGAUGCCAAGAGGCGCUGGAUUUUGA